AUUUAGUUCCAAAAAUGAACUUUCGUAUUGAGUUCUUCUUUUUUAGUCUUGUUAUGUUUCUGCUUACCACCACCAUUUCUGCUUCUAUUGGCGGAAACGAGACUGAUCAUUGGGCGUUAUUGCAGUUGAAGUCCAUGAUCACUCUGGAUCCAUACGAAUCUCUAAGCUCUUGGAACGCUUCCUUUCAUUUCUGUGAUUGGAAUGGUGUUAUAUGUGGGAAGCGACACAGAAGAGUGAUUGCUCUAAACAUGUUUUCACAAGGCCUACAAGGCUCGAUAUCUCCUUAUGUAGGGAACCUCAGUUUUCUUCGUGGGUUAUUUCUCUGGAACAACAGCUUUCAUGGAACCCUCCCUCAUGAACUUGGUCGUCUAUCCAGGUUACGUUACCUCCAACUUGGCUCUAACAAAUUCAACGGAGUCAUUCCAACCAACUUGUCUGGUUGUUCUAAUAUUGAAGUAAUUGGACUUUAUGAAAACAAUCUAGUUGGAAGCAUACCCAAAGAGAUAGGUUUCCUCUCGAAACUUACUCUUAUUUUACUUCAGUAUAAUAACUUAACAGGUGGAAUCCCAGCUGUCUUGGGGAAUUUAACAUCAAUGAAAGUGUUAAAUGCUUUCUACAACCCGUUGGGUGGGAGCAUUCCAGACACCUUCGGGAAUUGGAAAAACUUAACAGAGUUUAGUUUGGGUUAUAGUAACUUAAAUGGAACUAUCCCUCAUUCCAUUUAUAACCUCUCACUCCUAAUAACUUUUUCCUUGGCUGAAAAUCAGCUUGUUGGUAAUCUUCCCUCAGCCUUAUGUGAAAUGCUCCCUCAUCUCGAGUAUCUUCAAUUAAGGAAUAACCAACUAACCGGACCUCUUCCACCCUCGAUAUCUAAUUGUUCGAAAUUAGGACUUCUUGAGGUGAACAACAAUAAUUUUAUUGGGAAGCUGACAAUCGACUUUUCAAAACUAAAUGAUAUCCAGUCAAUAACGUUGGGUGAUAAUGUCUAUGGAUUCGGAGAAGCUGAUGAUAUGAAGUUUAUUGAGACAAUGAAAAACUGCAGCAGAUUAGAGAGAUUGGAUCUUCGGAAUUGCAAGUUUCAGGGAUUGUUGCCCGCAUCAAUUGGUAAUCUUUCUGAUCAACUUCGGCUUCUUGUUAUACUACGAAAUAAUUUAUAUGGAAACCUCCCCUCAAGUAUAGGUAAUCUAGUCGGCUUAGAAGUUUUAGUUUUAUCUAAUAAUCAGUUCACAGGAAAAAUCCCUUAUACCAUUUCUAAGCUUAAAAACCUACAAAUUGCUUAUCUAGAUAGGAACCAAUUUUCGGGGCCGAUUCCAGAUGCCAUUGGGAACUUAUCAUUGUUGACUAAACUUUGGUUACAUUCCAAUAGAUUGGAUGGGCAUAUUCCAUCAAGCUUGGGAAAUUGUUAUAAUCUAUUAGAGUUGAAGCUUGAUGACAAUAAACUCAGCAGCCAAAUACCAAAACAAGUUCUUCAACUUUUAUCUCUAACCAUAGCAUUAGAUCUUUCUAAAAACAACCUGUUUGGGUCAAUUCCAAUAGAGGUUGGUGACCUCAAGAUGCUGACUUCUUUGGAUUUAUCUGACAAUAACUUAUCAGGUAGCAUUCCUAGUAGCCUUGGUGGUUGCAUUAGCCUUUCAUUCUUAUCACUUAAAGGUAACUUAUUUAAUGGCAUGGUACCACCAUCAUUAAGUUCCAUGAGAGGAGUUUCCACACUCGAUCUUUCUCAUAAUAAUUUAUCAGGCCAAAUUCCUCAAUUCUUACAACGGUUGAUCGUAUUAGAAUAUGUAAACCUAUCCUUCAAUGAUUUUGAGGGUGAAGUACCAGUUAUAGGAGUGUUUGCCAAUGCAAGUGCAUUUUCUAUUUUGGGGAAUCGUAGGCUUUGUGGUGGCUUGGCUGAACUUGGGUUAUUCAAAUGCAAGGAGACACGCAAACCUAAAAAAAGAUUUCCACUGUUUGCUAUAGUCAUUUUGAUUGCAUUCACAUUUUUCACGGUGUUAUGCUUUGUCUAUGUUUGGUGUAAGAAAAAGAAAGGCCAACAUUCUCAAUCAUCAACGGAUGAACACUUCAUGAAAAUAUCAUAUACUCAACUUUUCAAGGCUACCAAUGGCUUCUCCGAAGAAAAUUUGAUUGGCAAGGGUGGGUUCAGCUCUGUUUAUAAAGGAAUCCUUAAACAUGAUGAUGGAUAUGUUGCAGUCAAAGUAAUGCAUCUUCAAAACCGAGGUGCACACAAAAGCUUUAUAACAGAGUGUGAAGCAUGGCAGAGUAUUCGACAUCGGAAUCUGUUGAAGAUAAUAACUUCAUGUUCGAGUGUUGACAUGCAAGGCAAUGAGUUCAAAGCUUUGGUAUACGAGUUCAUGCCCAAUGGAAGUUUACAUGAUUGGUUGCAUUCACCCGCAAGUAAAUCCAGACUCAACCUUCUUCAAAGAAUAAAUAUUCUCAUUGAUGUCGCAUUUGCACUCGACUAUCUUCACAAUCACUGCAUAUCAACCAUUGUUCACUGUGACUUGAAGCCUAGCAACAUUCUACUCGAUGAUAAUAUGGUGGCCCAUGUUGGAGAUUUUGGUUUAACUCGAUUUCUUGGAACACAUGCAAACAAAAACAGCACAACUGUGAUUAGAGGAACAAUCGGUUAUGCACCUCCGGAGUAUGGUCUCGGGAGUGAGAUGACAACUAGUGGAGAUGUCUACAGUUUUGGGAUACUAGUAUUGGAGGUGAUGACAGGAAAAAUGCCAACAGACAACAUCUUUGGCGAAGAUCUUAACCUUCAUAAGUUUGCUUACACAACCUUGCCAGACUCUAUAACCAAUAUUAUCGAUAAUGACAUUCUACCUUUUCUUCAAGAGGAUGCUAUUUCUAAGCAAGGCAAGUUAGAAAAUGCAAAUAAUAUAGAACAUUGUGUGGCUUCAAUUAUCAAGAUUGGUGUAUCAUGCUCCGCGGAUUCCCCACCACAACGGAUGAAUAUCAAAAAUGUUGUCCACGGGUUGCAACAUAUCCUGGAAACGCUUAAAAAUAUUUGAGGUUACUUCUU